AGUUAUUACAAGAACACCAAUGCAGUUAGUUUAAGUUGACAUAAAUAUGGGGUCCUUUACUAUUGUAUUAUUGUUUUGUUUUAUUGUCAUAUCAGCGCAUGGUAAAGAUCAAAGUCCAACUUGGAAAAAAACCUACAGUGUCACAGGAAUCUUAUCCAUUCCAUAUGCUGAGAUUCAAGAACCAUUUUCUGCUUGGUAUGAUGAACCAUCAAAACGAUCGCGUAUUGAUUACUAUGGAGAUAUGGUCAAGACUUAUCAACUGGGAACACCAGGUUAUGGUGUGAGUUUAAAAAUCACUCCAGUUACAACAGAAACUGAAGAAAAUGUUAGAAGUUGCCUUAUGGUUAAUGGCACGGAAGAAAUUAGCAUUACUCCGCAAGCCAUUUUACCAGAUUUGACUGGAUUUAAAUCUGAAGGAAAAGAAGUAGUAAAUGGAUUUGAAACUGAAAAAUGGACCUUAGUUAAUAUAGUUGGACACAAAGUAAAUAGAUAUACCAUGUGGAUCAAAAACGAAGGAAUACCCGUGAGGUAUGAAAUGAAAGGAUUCAAUUCUUUAUUGGGUAGCCACUACGAUCACUAUUAUCUGGACUAUUAUACUUACGACACAAGUCCCAUUUCAGAUGAUACAUUUAGAGUUCCUUCUGAUCUAGAAUGCAACGCCUUCCCUGGACCAGGAGACAAACAUAUUUAUACUUUUAACCCAAUGGCGGAGUUUAUCAAACCAGAAAAGACCGGCCACCUUGACUUCGAAUUUAAUAAGUUUGUUAAUAAGCAUAGAAGGCAGUACGCUGAUAAAAACGAACACGAAAACCGCAAAUACAUAUUCAGCCAAAAUAUUAGGUUUAUACACGCUGUUAAUCGACAAAAUAAAGGUUAUACUUUAACUGUCAAUCACCUAGCUGAUAAAUCCGACUUAGAACUAAAAGCACUUCGUGGAAAGAAGUAUACCGGAGUAUACAAUGGUGGAAAACCAUUCCCUUACAAGAAAAACGAAAUGGACAAUCUUCCAGACUCAUAUGAUUGGAGAAUAUUUGGUGCGGUUUCACCAGUAAAAGAUCAAUCUGUCUGUGGAUCGUGUUGGUCAUUUGGUACGGUCGGAGCUAUCGAAGGAGCAUACUUUUUGAAAAAUGGUGGUAAUCUCGUGAGGUUGUCUCAACAAGCUCUGAUUGAUUGUUCAUGGGGAUUUGGAAACAAUGGCUGCGACGGUGGUGAAGACUUUAGAGCCUAUCAAUGGAUGCUUAAACAUGGCGGAAUUCCAACUGAAGAAGAUUAUGGUCCAUAUCUAGGACAAGAUGGCUACUGUCAUUCAAACACUGUUCCAAAGGUUGCUCACAUUACAGGAUGGGUGAAUGUGACGAGUGGCGAUGAAAAUGCUUUGAGAAUGGCUUUGGUUCGUCAUGGACCCAUCAGUGUUGCUAUAGAUGCCAGUCACAAAACAUUUAGUUUCUACUCCAAUGGAGUUUAUUAUGAUCCUCAAUGUGGAAAUAAAGAGGAGGAUUUAGAUCACGCUGUAUUAGCUGUAGGAUAUGGUGUUAUAAAUGGAGAGAAAUACUGGUUAGUCAAAAAUAGUUGGUCAACUUAUUGGGGAAAUGACGGAUAUGUUCUAAUGUCAUCCAGAAAUAAUAAUUGCGGUGUAAUGACAACUCCAACAUACGUUACCAUGUAAAGAUAUUUUAAUUUUAACAUGAAUUCUUCUCUUUUGUAGUACCUUGAAUAGAAAUAGUAUAGGAAAUAAAAAUUCGAAUUUUAUAACAUAUGCAAAGUCCUUAUAAAUCUCAGUUCUAAAUAUUUUUGAUAUUAUUUAUCUUAUUAGGUAUAAAAUUGCAUAGGUUUAACAUUAUUACAAAAUUGAUAUUAUGUUCUGAUUUAAAAGUAAACUAAUGCGUUUCUU